AUGAAAGUGAACUUAGCGACACAAAACUCCUCACAUACCAAUCAUAAUCACAACAGUAGCAAUAGCAGCAGCAGUGGCAGCAGCAGCACUAACAACAACAUCACCCAAAUUAGCUGUAAUUCAAAAUCGGCCGGUGGUAGCAACAGCAGCAGUAACAGCAGCAACCAUAAUAACAUCAGGAAUAAUGCUAGAGCCUGCAUGACCACCAACACAACACAUAAUCCUUUAGAUGCUAGCGCCAAUAAUAACAGCGGCGGAGUUGGUGGUGGCAAUAGUAGUAGUAGUAGUAGUAGUGUAAGUACGGGUGGUAGUAACAAUUAUCAACAACAAAGUCUUCAGCAACAGACAUCAGCAGCUGCAGCGGCGGCGGCUGCAGCAGCAGUUGUAACGGCACGUGACAAUAUCGCCAAUGGAUAUGCUGGUUUUAAGGAGCCGGAACGCUUUAUGGAGCAUAAUUUUUGGCAACAACAAAAGAAUGCAGCAGCGGCUGCAGCCGUAGCUGCUACACAUGCGACCAAUCAAUGGUCACUCAAUAACAAUCGUAAUUAUAUGAGCAAUCUUUCACAAAUCUCAUAUUCGAAUAACAGUCAACCGAACCAAAGUUCAUCGCCGUAUGUGCAAUUCAAUCCUUAUAUGAAUAUGAAUAUGAACAUGAAUCUAAAUAUGAAUAUGAAUCAACGUUCAUUUUUAAAUACGGCACAAGCAAACGAGAAAAAUGCAAUGCAUUUAAAUCAUUUCGAUAAGCAUAAUAUGCGCUUUGGGGAAUACGAUUGUACAUUGCGUUAA